CGUGCGGAGGACGCUGUGCCCGCGCUGUGGCGGCCGGAGCGGGGGCGCGCUGUGGAAGAUGGCGCUGAGAGUGCUGAGCGGUGUGAGAAGUGUGAGCUGUGCCGCCAGACUCGUCCCAUGGAGGGGAUGUCCCGCCAGACACCUGAGCAGCGCCGCCCGCCUGCUGGCCGCCCGGAAGUUCACAGACAAGCAUGAAUGGAUAGCAGUGGAAAAUGGGAUUGGAACUGUGGGAAUCAGCAAGUUUGCCCAGGAGGCAUUAGGUGACGUGGUUUACUGUGGACUUCCAGAGGUUGGGACCAAGUUGAAUAAACUAGAAGAGUUUGGAACCCUAGAAAGUGUAAAGGCAGCUAGUGAACUAUUUUCUCCGCUGACGGGAGAAAUUACAGAAAUAAAUGGAGCCCUAGCUGACAAUCCCGGCCUGGUGAACAAAUCCUGCUAUGAUGAAGGAUGGUUAAUAAAGAUGACUGUGGAUGUUCCCUCUGAACUGGAUGAGCUGAUGAGUGAAGAUGCAUAUGAGAAAUAUGUGAAGUCCAUUGAGGAACACUGAUCCUUUAAAGGAACAAGACCACUAGACAUGUUAGUCAUGAUUAGUCAGAGUAGCGGUUUACGUCCAUGGUGGCGGGAUUUGACUACUACAGAGGUAACUGUUAACUAAGCUUCCCGCCAUGUAAACUAAGUUGGACCGGUCGCCACAGAAGCAGCUUCAGGAUCUCCAUAAUUUCUUUUUUUUUUUAUUGUAAAGAAGAAAUUACUCUGAAAUUUUACAGUUAA